AUGGCUGCUGCACAGGUUGUCAACACCCCUCUUCCAGCCCUUCCUGAGGGCUGGUCUGCGGAAAAGGAUUACAAGGUGCUCUCUGCAUUGUCGAGUGCUACUCAGCGCAAUGUUGAGCCUGUGGGACCGCAUUUCCUGGCCCAUGCCAGACGGAAGCGUCACAACCGAACUUUCUCCGAGGAUGACCGCAUCCAGGCACAGAAAACCGUCAAGAAGGUUGAUGAGGACGAGGACGAUGAAAUUUCCGAGCCCGAGGAUCCAAUGAUGCUGCAACGGGAUGCUAAAGACUGGAAGGGCCAAGACCACUAUGCUGUCCUCGGUCUCAGCAAGUACCGCUACAAGGCUACCGUCGAACAAAUUAAGCGCGCACACCGCAAGAAGGUCUUGCGCCAUCACCCCGACAAAAAGGCUGCUGCAGGCCAAAGUGACGAAAACGAUAGCUUCUUCAAGUGCAUCCAGAAGGCCACCGAAAUCCUCCUUGACCCCAUCAAGCGUCGUCAAUUCGACUCCUGCGACGAAGCUGCCAAUGUCGAGCCGCCAACCAAGAAGCAGCUUGAGAAGGGCAACUUCUUCAAGCUAUGGAGCCCCGUCUUCAAGUCCGAAGGUCGUUUCUCCAACAAACAGCCUGUGCCCGUAAUCGGUAACGAGAACAGUACCGAGGAAGAAGUGGAGGAGUUCUAUAACUUCUGGUAUAACUUUGAUAGCUGGCGGUCGUUUGAAUACGAGGAUGAGGACGUUCCGGAUGAUAACGAAAACCGUGAUCAGAAGCGCCACGUUGAACGUAAAAAUGCCAACUCGCGUCGCAAGAAGAAGACCGAGGACACAGCGCGUCUACGCAAGCUUGUUGAUGACGCACUUGCUGGAGAUGAGCGUAUCAAGAAAUUCCGUCAGGCUAAGCGUGCAGGCAAAGAUAAGAAGCGUCUCGAGAAGGAAGCCGAAGCCAAGCGUCUACUAGAGGAGAAGGAGAAGGCCAAACAGGAAGAAGAGCGCAAGAAGAAGGAGGCCGAAGAGGCCGCCAAGGCUGAGCGUGAGCAGAAUAAGAAGACCAAGGAGGCAGCCAAGAACGCAGCCAAGAAGAACAAGCGUGUCUUGAGGAACAGUGUCAAAGAUGUCAACUACUUCGCUGAGGGUGGUGAUGCUUCCGCCGCCCAAGUCGACGGUGUCUUGACUGAUGUCGAUACGAUCAUGGCAAAAAUCAGCCCUGAGGAAUUGGCUGCUCUUGCUGCAAAGUUGGGCAGUGCUGGCACUGAUGCAGCUGCUGUCAAGGCCGCUUAUACUGACGAGGUCAAGAGAUUGGUAGGCGAGGGCAAGUUGAAGGAGGGCGAAAUCAAAACAUUGAACUAA